AUAACGAUCGAAGUCAUUCCAGAGGCAAGAGCAAAAUGGAAGUCUGCUGUAAACAAAGUCACGUGAGAGGGUGUGGAAACACUGACCAAUGAACGGCGAGAUGUAAUGGGCGUAGCCAAUCACCUUGUCCGCUGCUCGUGAACUGUACGUGUGUGUGUGGUUGUGUUACGUGAUCAAUUCCUUCCUACUGCGUUGCGCCUCGCAAGUCGAAACUCGAAUCAGAUGUGCUCGAUGUAGUAGCUGGGAGCGGUUCGUGAAGUGUUCGUGUUGUGCGUUUAGCUUGAGGGAAUGUUUACUCAGUGAAUGAUCACGUAACCGACAAAGUGCAUGCGUUCUAGUUCAGAAUUGAAACAUUAUAUACGCGCAAGGAAGAAAUUAGUUUUUUUCGAUGUCGCAGCGUGAUACUUUUAUUCAUCUCGUUGCUGGCGGGGUGGCCGGCACCGUGGGUGCCAUAGUGACCUGCCCCCUGGAGGUGGUGAAGACGCGGCUGCAGUCCUCGCACGGUGGCUUCGUGGUGCUGCCGAGGAUAGCCGCCCCCGGGGACGGCAGUCACGUGACGUGUCGCACGAUGCCGCCGCCGUGCCAGAGGCGGCGCAUCACCACCGUGGCGCCUCGCAGCUCCACCCAGAUCCUGGCCAUCUCGUCUCUGCAGGGGCCCUCUGGCUCGCAGUCCAUGGGACUCGUGCAGUGCCUCAGGCACAUCGUGGAGCACGAGGGCCCGCGCGCGCUCUUCAAGGGCCUGGGGCCCAACCUGGUGGGCGUGGCCCCGUCGCGCGCCAUCUACUUCUGCGCCUACUCCAAGUCCAAGGCCUUCUUCAACUCCGUGCUGUCCCCGGACACGGCCCUGGUGCACGUGUGCUCCGCGUCCUGCGCAGGUUUCGUGGCGUCCACUGCGACCAACCCCAUCUGGUUCGUGAAGACCCGACUGCAGCUGGACUUUGCGAGGAACGGCCAGCGCAUGACUGCCGCUCAGUGCAUCAAGAGGAUAUACGCACAGAGGGGACUUGUUGGCUUCUACAAGGGGAUAACGGCGUCCUACUUCGGCAUCUCCGAGACGGUGAUCCACUUCGUAAUCUACGAGGCGAUCAAAGCGAAGCUGAUAGCUUACCGUGGGCACCAGCAUGACGACACCAAGACAUCCAAGGACUUCUUAGAGUUCAUGAUGGCAGGGGCCACGUCCAAGACCAUAGCUUCCUGCAUUGCUUACCCUCACGAGGUGGCACGCACUCGGCUGCGUGAGGAGGGCAGCAAGUAUCGUGCCUUUUGGCAGACGCUGGCCACCGUGGUGCAGGAAGAGGGCUACCGGGGACUGUACCGCGGCCUGGGCACUCAGCUGGUGCGCCAGAUACCCAACACUGCCAUCAUGAUGUCCACAUACGAGGCAGUGGUCUAUGUGCUCACCAAGUACUUGUGCCCACCCUCUGUUGAGACACAGUUCUACCAGCACUGAGCUCUAUGGCCUCGCUCCUCUACUGGAACUGAGCUCUGUGGCCUCGCUCCUCUACCAGCACUGAGCUCUAUGGCCUCGCUCCUCUACCAGCACUGAGCUCUGUGGCCUUGCUCUUCUACUGGAACUGAGCUCUGUGGCCUCGCUCCUCUACCAGCACUGAGCUCUAUGGCCUCGCUCCUCUACCAGCACUGAGCUCUAUGGCCUCGCUCCUCUACCAGCACUGAGCUCUAUGGCCUCGCUCCUCUACCAGCACUGAGCUCUAUGGCCUCGCUCCUCUGCCAGCACUGAGCUCUGUGGCCUUGCUCUUCUACUGGAACUGAGCUCUGUGGCCUCGCUCCUCUACCAGCACUGAGCUCUGUGGCCUCGCUCCUCUACCAGCACUGAGCUCUAUGGCCUCGCUCCUCUACCAGCACUGAGCUCUGUGGCCUUGCUCUUCUACUGGAACUGAGCUCUGUGGCCUCGCUCCUCUACCAGCACUGAGCUCUAUGGCCUCGCUUCUCUACUGGAACUGAGCUCUGUGGCCUCGCUCCUCUACCAGCACUGAGCUCUAUGGCCUCGCUCCUCUACUGGAACUGAGCUCUGUGGCCUCGCUCCUCUACUGGAACUGAGCUCUGUGGCCUUGCUCUUCUACUGGAACUGAGCUCUGUGGCCUCGCUCCUCUACCAGCACUGAGCUCUGUGGCCUUGCUCUUCUACUGGAACUGAGCUCUGUGGCCUCGCUCCUCUACCAGCACUGAGCUCUAUGGCCUCGCUCCUCUACCAGCACUGAGCUCUAUGGCCUCGCUCCUCUACCAGCACUGAGCUCUGUGGCCUUGCUCUUCUACUGGAACUGAGCUCUGUGGCCUCGCUCCUCUACCAGCACUGAGCUCUAUGGCCAUGUUACUCUACCAGCACAAAGCUCUUUGUCCAUGAUUCUCUACCAAUACUGAGCUCUAUGGCAGCACACACACACACACACACUAUGGUAUCUACUGACUCUGUCACAGAUCCUGGUCAAGUUAUAAAUCACAUGAAGAUUCACUAAGUCUAAAAAAAAAGUCUAAAUAUGUUUGUCAAGAAAAUAAGUUCCAUAUGAAUGACUUUUCUUGGAUCUGCUUUAAGAACUCUCAUGGUGUUAAGUUUUAAAUUUAAAGUAGUGUUUAUUAAGAGGUUUAGUUUAUACUGUGCAUUGCGUUUGAAAACAGGCCUCUAAGCAUAAAAGCUAUUCAUAAGUUAGGGAAGUGUCAUCUGUUUUUGCGGAGACACGAGGGAUCUAGUUCUAGUAGGACAUUUGGCCACUAAUAGACGUUAAAGUGUGAGGUAGACUCUAGGAGCAGCGUAGGGGCGCCCGGCACUUGGUCCAGGUUUCAGGUAGAUGGUUCACCCUGUCAGUUUGUGGAACCGCGGCUGGUUUUCGGGGUCGCUCCGUGGUGUAGCGCGUUGCUGGGACGAGGCUGUCGUUUGUGCGAGAUGCCGUGGAAUUGAUGUGGGUUAUCACUCUAAAUGAACUCGGGAACCACCACUCACAUAGUAUGGUAGGAAUCAGAUUCUAAAUAAUAUAAAAUUUAUUUUUGCAAGUAGUCUGAUGCUUGAAUAUGCCAGUUUCAAAUUGCAGGUUUGCGCUUCAGUAGCUAACGUCAAUACUACACGAGAGAUGUGUGCUCGUAAUACCUUGUCACAUUUUGAAUAUUGGGGAAAGUUUGUGUAAUGGCAAAUGCAGUUCAAAAUAAGGUGCUGCAUAACAUUGUUCAGUGCAGUGAUAUUGGAAGUUUUGUUUUUUGGCUCAAAAAUAAAAGAUAACAAUUUAGGGGUAUCUUUGCCUAGUAUGUGUAUGGCGAUGUUUGGAAUAUCUGGUCAUUAAUUGUUAUGUUUACUAUAAUAAUGAGACAUGCAGACUAAAAUGUAUAUUGUUUUAUAUUCUAAUUUUAACUUAAACUUGCUACCGUGUCAAGCCUUGACAUAGAUUAAUUAUGGAGAAUGGUUUAGGUAAAAAAUUCUCUUUUUGGUAAUUAUUUUUGUAAUAAUUUAUGUUAAAAUAUCACAUUUCUUCAUGUUUUGUAUUAUUAGAGAUUCUGUCAAUAUUAUACUCUCUUCGUGGUUUAUUGCCUAAGCAGUUGUAGCUUCAGUGUUGUUCCAGCUCAGAGUCUUAUACACGGUGUAUCUUGCAGUGUACAACUUGCUGUCAUUUGUGUUGCUGUUUGUUACAUACUUCUUUGGCACCAGUGUUGUUAACAUGAAAAUUUAAUCCCAGAAAUUUAUAUUAAUAUUUUAAUACGUGUCUUUAAUUUAUUCCAGUGUUAGCUUGCUGUUGCAACUUGACAUGAAAUUUUUUGCUGUCAGAUUUCUAUGCAUAUCUUUAGGGGGAAAAGGGUGUUUUUGUAAUGUUUUAUUAUUGACAAUUGUACAAAUUUUUUAUUAACAGUGAAUAGUCAUCAUUAAAUUACAGGAUCAAAAAUGUUAUUAACUAUUGAGUGAAUGCAGAUGGACUUAUAUUUAUGUUGUCAAAUGUAAUCUGCUUGCAGGUUUCAAGUGUUGAAAAAAUGAAGAUGUAUGUAUUUGGUAAUGUUUAUUUUUGUAUUAUGUUGUAGGCAAAUUAAAUGUUUGUACAUAAAACUUUGUGCAAAAUAGAUUUGUAUUGUUAUCAAGAUUCGUCUUGACAUGUUUGGAAUUUACAUGUUGUAAUGAUUGCUUUGUAUUUUUGUACAUAGUUGCACAUGAAUGUAAAAUAUGUUCAGCAUCCAUUAGAAAGUAGUAGUUUUUUAAACAAAAGCUGUGCACAUGUUCAAAAGGUUUGAGGAAUCCUAUGUUGCAAUGGCAUUGACGAUAUUUUAAGUAAACCAUUUUCCAAAGAAAAAUUUUAUACUAUCGUUUGAAAUAAAUAUUUACUUUCAUUGUUGGUUUUUGUUAGUGUAAGAAGUUGGGUACACUGAAUUUGACGUCAACUCUUAAUGAUCUAAAGCAGAGCUGACCCAUCACUAUUGUGAUUGUGAGUACACUAAUGAGGUCAGUUGUUUGGCUGGAGAAUUGUAGGAUGUCUACAUUGCCAUCCGCUCAUGAAAAAGACUGAAACAUUUUUUAGAAGAUUAACAAAAGAAGCUUGCUUGUUAUGUAAUUAACAUGUAAAAAUUAUGUACACAUAAAGAAUUUGAUUUUUAAUAAAA